CCACGCUCGGAGCAAUCAUUGCAAUAGCGAAGACUAUCUUGACCAAAACUUGUCUGCUUGUUCAUCCGGCUUCAACCUUUGUUUACAGCCGCCUGUCCACGACGGUGAACGUCAGCUCUGUGUCGACACCGUGUUAUCCCCAACUCUCGGCAGUGACGUGGAUUAUAGGAGCCUGGACUCCAGCAACCUCCAGUAAAGGCUUUCUACAUGGACCUCCAGUACAGGCUUUCUACAUGGACGGUCUGAAAAUUGCUCGCAUUCGGUGGAAGUUUUGACUGAAAUCAGAUCAGAUGUUUUAUCGAUCCGGGCUGGGGAGGAGAGUGCUGAAACUUAUGCGAGGGCAUACUGUAUGCUGCGAGUGAUGCUCGAGGAUGUAUAAUUUGGUGAAUGCAAAUUGCGCGGACCUGCAUGCCCCAAUCACGCAACUCAAAGCUUUGGCUCAUCCAGGUUCUUUGGCGAUGCUCGACAAUGUAAGGCCAAGAGAUGCAAAGCUAACAUAAUCAUGAAAAGGGAGCCCGGAGGUAUCUCUCAUGGAAGUGUAUCUUCUAUGCUGCUGGCUGUGUAAUUCUGCUUAUCUUUCAAGCUUUCGGGGGGAAUUUGAGCUUUCGAGAAUGUCACAUAGGCUGCUACCAUAAACCGAGGCUUUGUAGUAUAUUAUCGAAGUUAAACUCACACCUUUCGGUCAAAAGCUAAAAUCGAAUCUCAUCCAGCAGAACGCUUCUAAAGGAACUGUAACUGCUUUAAGAAAAAGCUGAAAAUGUGGAGGAUCCGAGAGAACUUAGAAGGAAGGAGGAAGAGGGUGAACACGGUCGGAACAAUGGUGUUCAGAGUGCAGAGGUGCCAAUUGGCCGAGGAAUAUGUCACCUUCUACCGCCUUCAUAUGGCAUAUAUCCUCUUCUUAUCCUGUUUGGGGACAUUCAUACUUUGGCUCAUCCCCUUGAACAACUCCAAGCGCAUGCCCCUGAUCAGUGCCCUCUAUACCUCAGUUUCUGUGGUGGCAAGCACAGGUCUCCAGACUGUAGAAUCAGCCAGCCUCACUUACACUCACUACAUCAUACUCGUGUUUCUGAUGAUGUUGGCCAACCCAAUCACGACUUCUCUCCUGCCUCUCUUUGUGAGGAGAUACUAUUUCCAUCUGUGCAUCAAGCAGUAUGCCCUCGAGCGCUCUCAGCUGCACAAACUUGAGCAGCACGAGCUGGAGAUGACGAACCAUCGAGAGAAUGAGAUGAAAAUCAAUGAAGAUAAAGUGGGGAAGCUCGAAUCGUUCCACGAGCCAGAUGAUAAGCAACCAGCCAAGACUCAGAUUGUCAACAGCAGCAGGAUGAUGACGAAUUCUGACGCAGAAUUCUACCUCAGUUCUCUCCUGGACUAUGCAGAGGAGCUAGAGAGGAAAGAGAGAGUGUUUGUGGACGCUCAGCAGGCAUUGAGGACGUUGGAGUAUCGAGCUCUGGUCGCCUUGAGCAGGGUCAUUGUGAGAUUUUUGUUUGCAGCUUCCACCGUCGGUUUCGUGCUGGGGGUGAUUUACUUCGUCAGCGUCGGCGGCCAUGAGAAGAAGCUCCUGGAGAAGAGGGGCAUCAACCCUUACUUCUACGCCAUGUUCACAAGCUUUUCUGCAUUUUCCAACACGGGCUACUGCAUGACCAACGACAACAUGCUCCCCUUCGUCCGGUCCAGUGCCUUUUUGUUGCUGUACGCUGUCCUGGCCUCCGUGGGCAACACUCUGUACGGCCCGCUAAUGAGAUUUCUGGUCUGGGUGUGCUACAAACGAGCUCCUGACAAAGAAAAGAGUGUUUACGAUUACCUCCUCAAACAUCCCAGACGCUGCUACACUUACUUGUUUCCCAGGUACCAAACCUUGUGGUUGGUGGGCGUGUACUUCCUCCUGACGGGCUUCCAGCUCUUCUUCAUGAGCCUCCUCGAGUGGGGAAAUGCCCUCGGUGGCCUCACGACUAUGGAGAAACUGGCAGCAGCAUUCUACCAGGGGGUCAGCACUCGGAAUGCUGGAGGGCUGGCUGUGAACCUCUCUCAGCUCGCUCCGGCCCUCCUCUUCAUCAUCGUUGCUUUCAUGUACAUAUCAGUGUACCCAGUUUUCUUGUCGAGGCAAACGACACAGGAAGGAGAUAGCGACAGCAAUUACGACGAAUCGUAUAUAGGCAUUUACAAGGACAAGGUGCCCGGCCCCUGCAAAUCGGACGACGAGACCGUCGUGGUGAACCAGUCCAGACGACUUCUGGCCCGAGACACCACCUACUUAUUCAUCGCUAUGUUCAUCCUCUGCCUGUCGGAAAGCAAGAACAUCAAAAUUGACCCCCUGAACUACUCCAUCUUCAACAUCGUCUUCGAAGUGACCAGUGCUUUCGGCAACAUUGGCCUGUCCAUGGGCUAUGACUGCGGACUGAGGCUGGAGCAGGACAGUGCAUGCAACGCAAUUCCAUACAGCUUCUCCGGAGCAUGGAGCACCGUCGGUCGGUUGACGAUCAUUGCGGUGAUGUUUAUGGGUCGUCAUCGAGGUCUCGCGGACAACAUCGACUCUGCUAUCCGCCUGCCUACAAGAAUCGUUCCUCACACCAUGCCGUCUACACCACGUCGACCAUCUAAUGCCUCCAACUCCCCUCUUCCUCCUUCCUCCUUCGCUUGGACUGCGGACGCUCAUCAGCAGCAGGUCCCCUCACCUCCCUCCCUCAGCAAAGAACACAGCUCGGCUAGUCUGGAGAUCUCAGCUCUCUCCCUGCACCUCCCGGUCCCCAUGUCCGAUCCGUGCGAUCUACCUCCGACUCCCACCCUCGCCUCCCCUCCUCCUCCUCAUACUCCUCUUGCUCUUCCCUCACCAUCUCCCACGGUUGUCGCUGCUGCUGCUGCUGCCCCAGAAGAUUCAACUUCUGCUCCCAGAUCCUCACCCUUCCCUUCAGAAAUCAACGCACUGACACUAUCAUUGGGGGAAUUCGCAGUUUCACCUUCUGAUGACCACAUGUCGUCUACGAGUAUAUCUGAAUCGUCCGCUGUGACCCCGUCGAUGAUCCAUGGCCAUCCCAUUCCUCCUCCUCCUCCGUCAUCAGGUACUGAUUCGAACCUGGAGGCACGAGAGACUGCAGCUCUCUCACCCGCCGCCGCACUCUGCCAGCCCCGAGAAGCGAAAUCCGUUGAAGGUGAAACGAAUGUACAAGUAACAGAACAUGUCACCGCAUCCUCUUGCUAGAACCUCGCGUUCUGCUCUCGUGCACUUCAUCCAUCAUUUCUGACAGCCAUCUUCUCCGGUCGUGCCCAGUAUACCGAUCAAUGCUGAUGAAUUUCGUGCUCGAUCUCGUUAAGAAGUGAUGUGGGAACGAGCUCCAACAGCACGACACCUUUUGCUGCUGCCUCUGUGAGGCGAGUGAGGAUCUAUCUACUCCUGAAGAUCGAGCGCUAGCUUUCUCCAUAAACGAACGAGACCCGGUGUCAUACCUCGGACUAUUCACCUACUGUAUCAUAAGCCAAGACUAGAUUCGAGACUAUGGUAGAGACUGGCAGCCGAAAGAUCUAAGAAUCUGCAGCUCCAGAAGUUUUCGCCUGCCUGCGCAAAUGGACUAAUCUUAACAGCUUAGGAGGGUUUGUUUCAGAAGAAAGUAGCUCCAUGGCUAGAAAGCCUGUAAAUCGCAGCAUGUAUACGAAUUUUAAUUUCAAUGAGAUGUCAGGG